GAAGUGCAGCUAGAGCAGCUCCCGGGGGUGCAGCACCGGCUGAGCCCCGGACGACAAGGGCAGCGCCCGGGCGGGCGGAAUGGCUGCAGUGCUGGCCAUCAGGGUGGUUGCGGGGCUGGCGGUAGCCGCUCUGGCGGCCGUCCUCUUGGAGCACUAUGGGUUGGCAGGUCAGCCCUCACCGCUGCCCCAGCCCCGCGCCUCCAGGAGCCCGCACCCCGCGCCGGGCCCCGGAGCCGGCAACAUCUUCUGGGGUCUGCAGAUAUCCGACAUUCACCUGAGCAGGUUUCGUGAUCCAGGCAGAGCUGUAGACUUAGAGAAGUUCUGUUCAGAAACUAUUGGCAUCAUUCAACCAGCUCUCGUCCUGGCAACAGGAGACCUGACUGAUGCCAAAACAAAGGAACACUUGGGAUCCAGGCAGCAUGAGGUAGAAUGGCAAACUUACCAGGGUAUUCUGAAGAAGACAAGGGUCAUGGAAAGAACCAAGUGGCUUGAUGUUAAAGGAAAUCAUGAUGCAUUCAACAUUCCAAGUCUGGACAGUGUCGAGAAUUAUUACAGGAAAUAUUCUGCUGUACGUAAGGAUGGCUCUUUCCAUUAUGUCCACAGUACUCCCUUUGGAAACUAUUCUUUCAUCUCUUUGGAUGCCACCCCAAAUCCAGGGCCUAAGAGACCCUAUAAUUUCUUUGGAAUUUUAGAUGAGAAGCGGAUGGAGGAACUUCUCCUACUGGCCAAAGAAAGUAGUCAGAGCAACCACAGUAUUUGGUUUGGACACUAUACAACAUCCACUAUCCUUUCUCCAUCACCUGGAAUUCGGUCUAUAAUGAGUUCAGCUACAGCAUAUUUGUGUGGGCAUCUGCACACUCUCGGUGGACUCAUGCCUGUUUUGCACACGCGUCACCUCCAGGGCACUUUGGAACUUGAGGUGGGAGACUGGAAAGAGAACAGAAGGUACCGAAUCUUUGCUUUUGACCAUGACCUCUUUAGCUUUGCAGAUUUGGUCUUUGGCGAGUGGCCUGUGGUUCUUAUCACUAAUCCCAAGUCACUCUUAUAUAGUUGUGCUAGACAUGAACCACUAGAAAGACUCCUUCAUUCAACACACAUCAGGAACCACCAUACUGUUUUCCAUAGUGAAUGUACCAUUUUACAUUACCACGAGCAGUGCAUAAGAGUCUUGGCCUUUUCCUUGACCUCCAUUACUUCUGUCACAGUUAAGAUUGAUGGAGUCCAUUUAGGGCAAGCUAUUCAUUUGUCUGGUCCUAUUUUCAUACUGAAGUGGAACCCACGAAACUACAGUAACAGGACACAUAACAUAGAAGUAAUUGUCCAGGAUUCUGCUGGAAGAAGUAAGAGUGUUCACCAUCUAUUUUCUGUUCAAGAGGAUAUUCACCUCAGAUUUGAUCCCCUGGCAUCAUUUAUUCUCCUUACCGACCAUUGCAUCGUGGCCCGGGUCCUUUUUGUGAUAAUUGUGCUGAUCCAGCUCACUGUUCUCAUUACUUUUAGGCACCGAGGAUAUCCAGAGCAUAAAGGGUCUCCAGGAUUUAUAAAUUUGACUUCCUUUUCUCUCCACGUCCUGAGCAAACUAAACAUCUUCUACUAUUCUGUGUUGUUGCUAACCCUGUAUACAGCACUGGGACCAUGGUUUGUUGGUGAGAUCACCAAAGGCAAAUUGGGUUGCUGCUUUUCCUUUGGGAUGUUUGUUGAUGGACAUUUCCUACAAGGCAGCCUAACAUUUGUAGUUGGCAUUCUGCAGCUGGCAUUUUUUAACAUACCCUUGAUGGCUUACCUGUGUUGGAGCUUGCUGCAGCGGUGCUUUGGCCACAACUUCCGGUCUCAUCUCCAUCAAGGAAAAUACUUGAAAGUUAUACCUGUUCACCUACUUAUGUUACUGCUGUACAUCUGGCAGAUCUAUUCCUGCUACUUUCUUCAUAUGACAUAUGGUGCUCUAGCUUUUUUCUUCUCCCCUUUGCGGACCUGGUUAACACUGUUGACACCUGUUAUCAUUCGUUGCGUGUGGACUCUGAACUCUACUGAGCUUGGAACCUUCAUAGCACAGUUAAAAAGCCACUUGAGCUCCUGAAGGUCUUGUGUCACCAUCUGCCUCUGUAGCCCAGGCUUCUGCCCCGGCAGCAGGUGGAAGGCCAGUGCUGGGGGCAAGCUUCAGGGAGCUGCUGCAACCUGGACAUCUGGGAGUUGGGGGGAUUACUCACUACUGAUUCCUGCAGAAUGGACUGCAGAAAAAUCUAAAUAAUGCCAUGAUUCCUUCCUUCCCCAGGAAGGCAGGGGAUUGAUUUACUUUUGUGAAAAAGUUCUAAUCAGGAGAUCCACAGGGCAGGGUCUGGGUGUGUAUAUGGGAGUAUCAGAAGCCCACUGUAUUUUUUAUGGUUACCUCAUGUAAAGUACCUAGCACAGUGUGUGGAACGCACGGGCAAGGGUGCCACUAGAGGGGUAGGUAAGCGGUAGGAACUUGGGCCCUCCCCUGACUACCCUUGAGAUAUUAGCUCCAAGUCUUCUUUUCCCUCGGGGUUAUGGGCUUUCGGGUUCUUUAGGUGGGGGUGCUUUCAGCUAAUCAAAUAAAAGAGUAAUGAUUAAGA